AUGCUUUCAAUAGAAAAAGAAAAUUCUAGAGUUGCUACAACUAAACCAUUAGAUGAACUUUUUACGAAUGUCGGUCAAAAGUUUGAGACAGAGACCGUAAAGCAUGAAGGCUAUCGUUUUGACUACCCGUUAAGAUGGCUAAGAGACCCAUCCGUCACAAAAGCUAUUGGCUUUCGUAGAAUGAAAUUCAUUUCAGAAGCCAUACAUGGUUUCCCAUUUACGGUCGCUUUUGAAAUUCGAUACUAUAACAAAGAGAAACGUACGUAUGAGAAAUUUGAACAGGGAAAACUUUUACAAGUGAAUUUGCUUGUAAACUUAGAAACAACUCUUCAAGCUUUUCAAGAAAAAAUAAACGAUAUCUAUCUCGAAUAUGCAAAACAGUACAACAUUGACGAAGGAGAGUACCAUCUCGAUAUUAUAUAUGACAGGAAAAAUGCAACUGUUAAAAUCAAUAGAAUAGAAGACCUUGGAGAAGACGUUUAUAUUUCUACAAAAUAUAACAACUUGGCAUGGUAUAGGUUUCUGA